ACCGAACAAGCCCGCAGUACUCGUCGCCAACGCAACGGUGAAUCCAUGUACAAAAACAGUGCUUCUGUUCCCGACAGUAUGGUACAAUUUGCCGACGAAAUUCAUCAGCAGGACCGCAUUUCGCGAGCGCAAGAAAUUGAAUUGGGUGAAAAAACGCAGGAAGCUAUACGGUUGCAAAGAUUGUACAACACCUUGACAUCUCGUUUAGAUAGAGAGCCCACCGACGAAGAGUGGUGCGCGGAGGCUGGAAAAAUCAAUAUGGAAGCUAUUCGGCAGACCAUUGAAGAAGGACUGGAAGCCAAAAAUCAGCUAGUCACUUCGAAUCUGCGGAUGGUACAGAGUGUCGUGAAUACGUACAUUCGCAACGGAUUGACGGCACAGUACAAUGCCGGUGACAUGAUGCAAGAAGGUAUAAUCGCGUUGAUUCGCGCUGCGGAAAAAUUCGAACCCGAUCGGGGCUGGAAGUUUUCCACUUACGCAAUGUACUGGGUCCGCGCUUCCGUCAAGCGUUCGCAGAUCUACCAAUCGCGUGUCAUUACCGUACCUCAGCGUUUGCACGAGAAUCACAAACGAUUGCUCAAGGUGGAACGGGAAAUGGAAGCGGAUUUGGGUCGCAAACCGUCGCGAAUCGAGCUCGGUGCCGAAAUCGGCCUUUCCAAGCUGCAGGUUGAUCGAUGCUUUGCGGCCAUGGAACAACGGUGUCAGUCUCUGGAUCAAAAGCUUUCGAACAGCAAAAGACCCAUGAGCGGAGAUACCAGCAAAGACACUCUGAUGGAGAUCAUUGGUAGCAAAACGGAAGGAAACGACUUUGAUUCUCUCAAUCGCAUUUUUUUGCGCGAAGACUUGAUCGAGACAUUACAUCGUCACUUGGACCCGGCGGAGGUAGAACUACUUUUGUUACGUUACGGAUUCAAGGAAGUUGCCUCCAGCAAACUAGGUGGUCAACCCACUAUUGCUGAACUAAGCCGAACAGUUGGUCUCAAGCCGGACAAGGUUCGGAGGAUGAUCAACCGCAGUCUAAAACAUCUCAAAUCCAUAGGCGCCGAGGAAUGGCUCGCAUUUGAAAGCGAGCUGUAA